CCCAGUCGCACGUUUUGCCUGCCACGAAGCACGCAUGAGCAGCCGAUGGCACCAGUACAAGGCCGCGACCGACGCCGUCGUCGAGUGGCUCCAGCGCGCGACGACGACCAAGGCGAAGAAAGCAAAGGCGUCCGGGGCGACGACGACAAGAAGCAUCUGGGCCGCUGCGGUUGCCGUCGCCGAGAAGGGGCUAUCCGUACCCGCGCACAUUUGGACGGAGCUCGCGACGAGCAUUCGCUUGCGCUGGAUGGCGACACGACUGCUACCGCCCGACGCCGGCCGCAUGACCUUUCUCGACUUGCUUCGAGCGAUUCGGUUUAAGCUAGCGCCGCUUCGGCCGCGGUCUGCAACACGGCGCAAGACGGCGACUGCAGCAACAAGCAGAGGUCUCUCGAGCGCCAUUGAGGCCCUCGCUCUCGAGGACGAUGACCAUGAUAACGACGACUACGACGCCAUGCCGCCGUUUGACGCUGCGACCUACUCGCGACCGCCCCCCGAAGAUCCGCGUGUGGCGCAACUUCAUGCCGACCGGUUCCGUGCCAUGUGCUUGAUCUUGGACAUGGACGAGCUCAUGGGCGAGGUGCAUGCUGUCUGGGCUGCCUUCAAGCAAGGCGAGACGACCCUCGUCGCCGCCACGGCCGUCACGAACCACUGCGUCCGCGUCAUCGAGUCGCAGGCGUCCGAUCUUCAUCGCCGCUGGUCGACGAUCUACUAA